AUGGCAUCAGCAACAUUGUCGACUAGUGAUGAUUAUGACGGCGAUUAUGACUUCGAUGAUGAUUUCGAUGCAGAUGAAGAAAAUUUGAAUGAUAGUUCACAAACAACUUUUAAUGAUACAGUGGAUUAUUCUCAUCGAAAUAUUUCAACACUUGAUAUAAAUGAUUUAUUUAAUUCUGUUAGAAAGCCAAAUCGUAUAACAAAUUUACAAUUAAAUUCCAAUAUGCUACUGACUGUUCCAUCACAGAUAGAACAUUUUCGGUCAAUAAUAACACUAGAAUUAUCGAAUAAUCAAUUGAUUCAAUUACCAUUUGAAAUAUCUUUAUUGAAAAAUUUAAAAAAUUUAUAUUUAAAGAAUAAUGCACUCGACGAUUUUUCGUUACCAAAAGAACUUGAACAAUUAAAACAAUUAGAAGUUAUUAAUCUAGGUGGAAACCGUCUAAAGCAAUUUCCUUAUCAAUUAUUUCAAAUAUCAAGUUUAAAAGAAAUCUAUUUGGGCUCAAAUCAAAUUACAUUUUUACCUGAUUUAUUCCAAACGUUAAACAAAGUUGAAAUUCUUUAUUUGGGUGGCAAUCAAAUUGGUAAUGUUCCAGAUUCAAUCGGUUUUAUGCGUUCAUUAGUUGUGUUGAAUUUAAGUGGAAAUCGUUUACGAACAUUACCACGUUCAAUUUCUUAUUUAAAUCGUUUAAAAUCACUUUCAUUGCAUAACAAUCAGUUUAGUGCUCUACCGCCAGAUAUAAUACGUCUCGAUUUACAAGAAUUAAGUCUUCGAAAUAAUCCACUAGUUGUGCGUUUCGUUCGAGAUUUAACAUAUGAUGUACCUACAUUAAAAGAAUUAGCUGCUAGAACAAUUAAACUUCAUCGAGUACCCUAUCAUGAUGGAACACUACCCAGAAGUCUUGUUGGAUAUUUAAACGCAGCUAAAUCGUGUCUAAAUCCCAAAUGCAAAGGUGUUUACUUCGAAAGUUAUCAUAAAAAUAUCAAAUUUGUAGAUUUUUGCGGUAAAUUUUAUUUACCAUUACUUCAAUUUUUAUGCUCGCCGGCAUGUACAUCAACGCCAACAUUUGAAAUGACAUCAUCUGAUUCUGAUGAUACAGAAGAUAUACCAACCAAAGACAUGACUAAUAAAUUUAAAAAAGUUCUACUCGGCUAA